GGGACGGGGGCGGUGCCGGGAACCUGGGCAGGCCAAUAAAGGCUGCGGCGCGGCGGCUGCCCGGACUCGGCCUUCUGGGCGCGCGCGACCUCUGUUUGAGUUCUGUGUUCUCCCCGCCAGUGUCCCGCCCGACCCGCGCCCGCGAUGCUGGCGCUGCGCUGCGGCUCCCGCUGGCUCGGCCUGCUCUCCGUCCCGCGCUCCGUGCCGCUGCGCCUCCCCGCGGCCCGCGCCUGCAGCAAGGGCGCCGGCGACCCGUCCUCUUCCUCUUCCUCCUCCUCCGGGAACCCGCUCGUGUACCUUGACGUGGACGCCAACGGGAAGCCGCUCGGCCGCGUGGUGCUGGAGCUGAAGGCAGAUGUCGUCCCAAAGACAGCUGAGAACUUCAGAGCCCUGUGCACUGGUGAGAAGGGCUUCGGCUACAAAGGCUCCACCUUCCACAGGGUGAUCCCUUCCUUCAUGUGCCAGGCGGGCGACUUCACCAACCACAACGGCACAGGCGGGAAGUCCAUCUACGGAAGCCGCUUUCCUGACGAGAACUUUACACUGAAGCAUGUAGGGCCAGGUGUCCUGUCCAUGGCUAAUGCUGGUCCUAACACCAACGGCUCCCAGUUCUUCAUCUGCACCAUAAAGACAGACUGGUUGGAUGGCAAGCAUGUUGUGUUCGGUCACGUCAAAGAGGGCAUGGAUGUCGUGAAGAAAAUAGAAUCUUUCGGCUCUAAGAGUGGGAGGACAUCCAAGAAGAUUGUCAUCACAGACUGUGGCCAGUUGAGCUAAUCUGUGGCCAGGGUGCUGGCACGGUGGCAACUGCAAAUGUCCAUGCACCCAGGUGGCCGCCUUGGGCUGUCAGCCAAGGUGCCUGAAACGAUACCUGUGCCCACUCCACCGUCACGGUGUGCCUGAGGAAGGCUGCUAGGGAUGUUAGACCUCGGCCAGGACCCACCACAUUGCUUCCUAAUACCCACCCUUCCUCACGACCUCAUUUCUGGGCAUCUUUGUGGACGUGAUGUCACCCACCCCUUGUCAAGCAUUGCCUGUGAUUGCGCAGCCCAGAUUCAUCUGUGCCUUGGACAUGGUGGUGGUGAUGGGUUACCAUCCAAGUGAAGGGCUUUUCCUUGACCAAGGGAGACAGUCAGUUUUGCAAAAGGAGUCUAAUACCUGUUUAAUGUUGUCUUCCUAAUUGGGAUAAUUUAAUUAACAAGAUUGACUAGAAGUGAAACUGCAACACUAACUUCCCCAUGGUGUGGUGUGACCUGAGUUGGUGACACAGGCCGCAGACCCCAGAGCUUGGCUUUUGAAACACAACUCAGGGCUUUUGUGAAGGUUCCCCCCGCUGAGAUCUUUCCUCCUGGUUACUGUGAAGCCUGUUGGUUUGCUGCUGUCAUUUUUGAGGAGGGCCCAUGGGGGUAGGAGCAGUUGAACCUGGGAACAAACCUCACUUGAGCUGUGCCUAGACUAUGUGAAUUCCUGUGUUGCUAACAGAAGUGGCCUGUAAGCUCCUGUGCUCUGGAGGGAAGCAUUUCCUGGUAGGCUUUGAUUUUUCUGUGUGUUAAAGAAAUUCAAUCUACUGAUGAUGUAUUAUACAUAAAACAUUUCUGGAACAUGUAUUUGUGUUCACCUUAAAUGUGAAAAUAAAUCCUAUUUUCUAUGGAA